UGAAAACUCGAGUUACCCUGUUCAAAUGUGCUGUGAAGUGGUUUUUUAACAUCCUCCGUGGAAUAUGAGCAAGAUAUUGUUUUUUUUCUCUGUGGCAUUAGCAUUUUCUGCCGAUGUGCUGCACAGUCUGCCGUAUCUUUAUUAUCAGUCAAGAAAUUAUGAUGGCAGCACAGAUCCACACUUCACAGAGAAGUUUUUUACUCAGACUCUGGAUCAUUUCAACUUCAACAGCAUGGGAAAUGGGACAUUUAAUCAGCGCUACCUGAUCACAGAUCAGUACUGGAAGAAAGGCUAUGGCCCCAUCUUCUUCUACACUGGCAAUGAAGGAAACAUCUGGGACUUUGCCCUGAACUCUGGAUUCAUCACAGAGUUAGCUGCACAGCAGAGGGCACUAGUCAUAUUUGCUGAGCAUAGGUACUAUGGUGAAUCUCUGCCAUUUGGCAACAACUCCUUCAGCGUGCCUCAGGUCAGCCUGCUGACAGUGGAGCAGGCCCUGGCUGACUACGCGGUUAUGAUCACUGAGCUGAAACAGCAGCUGGGAGCCACAGACUGUCCUGUCAUCGUGUUCGGUGGCAGUUAUGGUGGAAUGCUGUCAGUUUAUAUGCGAAUCAAGUAUCCAAACAUAGUGGCUGGAGCUCUGGCAGCCAGUGCCCCUAUCCUGUCUACCGCUGGGCUGGGAGACUCCAGGCAGUUUUUCCGAGAUGUUACAGCUGACUUUGAGAGUGUUGCCCCUGAAUGUACAAAUGCUGUGAGAGGAGCUUUUCAUCAGCUGAAAGAGUUGUCUGAACGACAGGAUUACGGUCAUAUCCAAGCAGCAUUUGCUCUGUGUAAGCCUCCAUCAUCUCCUCAGGACAUCCAUCAGCUGAAUGGCCUUUUAAGGAAUGCCUUCACGCUAAUGGCCAUGCUUGACUACCCCUACAGCACUCACUUUAUGGGCAACAUGCCUGCCAACCCUGUCAAGGUAGCCUGCAAAACCAUGCUGAGGGGACUGGACCUGCUAGUUAACCUCAGGGAUACUGCAGGGAUUGUAUACAAUGCAACUGGGACUCUGACCUGUUUUGAUUUGUACAGUCUAUAUUUGGAAUGUGCUGAUCCCACUGGCUGUGGACUGGGCUUUGACAGCCUGGCCUGGGACUAUCAGGCAUGCACAGAGAUCGAGCUGUGCUAUGAGAGCAACAAUGAGACAGACAUGUUUCCUCCAAUGGCUUUCACUAAGGAAAUCCGGAGACUGUACUGCUCCAAACGCUGGGCUGUGGUUCCACGCCCUGGCUGGCUCAAAAUCCAGUUCUGGGGUGAUGCCCUCUCCACAGCCAGCAACAUUAUUUUCUCCAAUGGAGACCUGGACCCAUGGGCCAAUGGAGGGGUGCGUAGGUCCUUGAGCUCCUCACUGACAGCACUCAACAUUUCUGGAGGAGCCCAUCAUCUGGACCUGAGGGGAUCUAAUGAGGCUGAUCCAGUGUCAGUGGUUAGUGCCAGGAAGACAGAAGCAGACCUCAUUGCACAGUGGGUAAAGAUGGAGAGGACCAGAUUACAAAAGUUUGUUUGAGGACUGGGACGCAAUGAUAUUCAAACUACAAUUCUAGAAGAAUCAAAUUGUAGAAAUGGCAUAGUUAUAUGGGGCUCCAUAGUGAUCAAUAUUAAAUAAGUAAAUGAAAAUAAAUUGUGGUAUAAAUGUUCAGAUGAAUAAAUAAAGUGAAAUAUAUAAAAUAUGUGUAGGAGGCAGGUAAGGCUUGCAGCUAAAAACUAAUUCUAAUUCUAACUAUGGUAUAUAAACUAGUGUAGAUCAUUUUUUUUGAUUGCUAAUCACCAAAAAAAGGGGAGUUUUAUGGCAUUAUAGUCACACAUUCUAAUUGCCUGUUAAGCACUUCCAGGAACUAUUUGAAGUCUAAAUGAACCAUGUGAUGACCCCCUAAUUCUGAACCCCAGCUGUUGUGACUUGACUACUUGUGCAAUCAUGAUGUUUUCCCAUCUGCAGCUGACCAUUGAUUUUUCCCAGCAGAAGAACAUGCAGCAGCAGCUUAUUUAAUCCAUAUAUCAAACUUUAUAGGCUUCUAUGUCUGCAUAAUGUAUUGCUGCAAUACAUUAUGCAUAAAUUACAGUA